AGAAUUUGAGAGACUUUUGCUCCUGACGCAUGCUCAAAAGCUACGGAACCAAGCGUAACAGCUACUACAGGUUAGCCAGCUGGAUGGAAAAAAAGGGAGUCGAGCAGUUACAAACAUGAACAAGCUGAAGUCCUCACAGAAGGAUAAAGUUCGUCAGUUUAUGAUAUUCACACAAUCAAAUGAGAAGACUGCACUGGCCUGUCUAUCACAAAAUGAUUGGAAAUUAGAUGUUGCCACUGACAACUUCUUCCAAAAUCCAGAGCUAUAUGUUUCAAAUAUAAAAGGAGCCUUAGACAAGAAAAGGCUUGAGCAACUGUAUAACAGGUACAGAGAUCCUCAAGAUGACAAUAAGAUUGGCAUUGAUGGGAUCCAGCAGUUCUGUGAUGACCUGGGCCUUGACCCAGCAAGUAUAAGUGUUCUCCUCAUAGCCUGGAAGUUCCGGGCAGCCACACAGUGCGAGUUCUCCAAACAGGAGUUCAUGGAUGGAAUGACAGAGCAGGGGUGUGACAGUAUAGAGAAGUUAAAAGCUCAACUGCCUAAAAUGGAGCAAGAGUUAAAGGACCAUGGGAAAUUUAAAGACUUUUACCAGUUCACUUUUAACUUUGCCAAAAAUCCUGGCCAGAAAGGUUUGGACUUAGAAAUGGCAAUUGCGUAUUGGAAUUUAGUACUGGCUGGAAGAUUCAAGUUCCUGGACCUGUGGAACCAAUUUCUAGUUGAGCACCAUAAAAGAUCAAUCCCAAAGGACACAUGGAACCUCUUGUUAGACUUCAGCACAAUGAUCACAGAUGAUAUGUCAAAUUAUGAUGAGGAAGGAGCAUGGCCAGUUCUUAUUGAUGACUUUGUUGAGUUUGCACGGCCACAUAUUGGGACCAAAAGCACAGCUGUUUAGGAGCUGUACAAGCUGAAGGAACGUCCAUAUGAUGUUUAUACAGAAGAAAGCCACACACAACCAGGGUGCUGAAUAGAGAGCAGAGACCGCAUUGAGCUGAGAUCUACGUUGCCUUUUCAACCCCUCAGGACUGAGAUGUUUUACACAAGAGACUUUAUAUAUAAAUAUAUUGAAAGGCAUAUCUCUGCGUCGGUCUACUUGUGGUGGUCUGGGGCUUUUAUUAAAAGUAUGGGACUUUUUUUUGUGCGUGUACUCAAGCCAACUGGAGAUGAGUCACCAUCUUGAACCUCGUGGCUUCUGACCCAUUGUUUAGUUGAUAUAGUUGUGUUUUGCUCAGUAGAGCAAGCACUUAGAUACAUACUUUUGAAUUGUAAUCUAAACACAAGGGUCCAUGAGGGAAUGUCAUUCUUUAUAAAUAAAUUUUAAUACUUUUGUGUGUAAACCUGCUAAGACAUUUCUUUUAUGAAACAUUUGUGCGAAAGAUCAGUCAGAAAUAUUGUAAUUUUUUUUUGUUUUAAACAUAAUGCUGUUCCAUACACAAAUAAAUAUAAAUGUUU